CUUGAAAGAUGCAAGUCAUGCAUGCAUGGCAUUGCAUUUCUUCUUGUUCUUGUUCAACAUCAGAUCUCAUGAAAUUGACGUUCUUAGCAGAGCCCAUAUGAACCAUUCAAGCAGAGACCACUAAGAUACUCGCAUACGAAGUACGAACGUACAUCACCAAUGCUUACUUACCAUGACGCUUGACCUCACCACUCUAGACGCCCAUCAGCAACCAGAUCCAGAACUAAAGGCUACCUGGAAGAGGUAUUCUAGAACAGACCAUGGAGAAUUUAUCAAUCAUCCUGAUAUAGAUGAAUUAGACGUCACGGAUAUCAAUAGCCCAUUCAAGCUCGCAGGACAUAUUCCUAGCGAAACACUUAAGAGCUCGUUUGAGAAGCUUGAAGGCCGAGAAUGGGAUGUGAAGGAGGCCCUUCAAGAUGCCCCUAUUUACUUCCACCCUCUACUCCCAGGGUUGCUCAUAUAUCCCUCAUUGGUGCCCCCAAACAUACAGAAAUCACUGCUAUUGCGUAUGGUCCAUAGGGAUUUAAGUGAUCACACUCAUCAAACUAAUCUACACCUUCACUAUGAUCUUCCAUAUCCAGAAAAGGGUGAUGUGGAAGACAUGACGUCUCGGUCCUUCUUCUCCUAUUCUCCAGAUUCUGACAUAAGACUCACACCAAAGGACCCUUCUAUACACAAGCCAUUAUCUAUGAAGCAGGUCCUCGAUCGGCGAUUAUCCUGGGUCACUCUCGGUGGUCAGUACGACUGGUCCAACCGAGAGUACCCUAACCAGUCACCCCCCGAUUUCCCUCAUGAUAUUGCUGGGUUUCUUCAGACCCUCUUCCCAGAUACCCUUGCUCAAGCUGCCAUCGUCAAUUUCUACAACCCAGGGGAUACGAUGAUGAUGCAUCGAGAUGUGAGCGAAGAAACAGACAAGGGUCUCGUUAGUCUAAGCAUUGGGUGCGAUGCCUUGUUCAUGAUCGCGCCGAACGAGUAUGGAAAAGACACGCGCUCGGAUAGCAAAGGAGACGACGAAAAGUCAUACCUUCUUCUACGACUACGAUCCGGGGACGCCAUUUAUAUGACCCAGGAAUCUCGGUAUGCGUGGCAUGGAGUUCCCAAGGUUCUGAAAGGCACCUGCCCAGACUUCUUGGCUGAUUGGCCGGCAGAGGGCGAUAACUUUGAAGGGUGGAGAGGCUGGAUGCGGAAUAAGCGUAUCAAUUUGAACGUUAGACAGAUGAAAGACUAAAACACAAUCUCACAAUAGGGGGUUUAAAGCAUCGAUAGGCAGAUCUUUUGAAAUAUUCUCCGAUGUGCUUCCAACUACUACUAGGAUCGACCAAGUAUCGGAGUAAAAUGUUCCUAGUCAUAUAUAUGGUGUCGUUUUAGGGGAAAUAGACGUCGUCUAAAUAACUAGGUACAACCUAGGUAAGACAUCACAAGAUGUCUCAUGGACAUGCGCCACAGCAGUGAAUACAUAACUACUAGGUACCUAUCUACCC